UGUAACAGCAGCCAACGAGAGAGUCUUACCACGUCUCGAUUGCGACCGGCCUCCAAUAAUCACCAUUGCGGCUUUCAUCUGACCCAAGCAGAGCUCCUCUCCUGUCUCUCGAGCACUGCUUAUCCGGCCGUUCGCUUUUCUCGACUCUUGUAGUGGCGGUUCCCGUGCCUAGAUUCCCCCGCCAAUGCUGAUUGCGCUCCUUAUCCGACAACAGGUCGCAUUCCAUUUUACAGCCGAUUGUCCUCGUCCUCGUCCGCACCCCUCGUUCUCCUACAUGACUUCAGAUCGCCCUGCGUUGUAGUUUCUAGUUUCUCGGGAUGCCUUCCAAUAACAAUCGGCAGCAGCAGCAGCCUGUAGUCGCCGCCGCUGCGUCGCCAAUACCAAAGACCACGGCAAAGUACACAAAUAAGGAUGGGACAAAGUACAUAUCUGUUCCCAAGUCCUCCGCAUCUACUCCGCCCGCCCAACCGUCGCCAACAACCACCUCGUCCUCAAGAGGUGGUGCGCCAACAAAUGGCCCGACCAUUUCUGAGCCCCAGCUACCAACCACCGUGAACAAGAAAAAGCAAAAACGCCGUGCAAAAGCUGCUGCAAAAGCUGCUGCAGAAAAGGAACAGGCUGCCGCGGUCACAGCUGCCAACGGGCUUCCAAGUCCAGCUUCAACAUCGAGCGCGCCUCUGCCCACUUCAGCCACACAUCGGAAGCACCCGCCUACUUCUCAGCAUAUCCCGCCGGUUGAGCCAGUCCCUCACCGGAGUAAUCAGUACAAUGACGAUGAUUGGGGUGAAGAAACGGAGAGCGACGAUGAACACCUCAACUCUUUCGCUGGAGCCUCUGGGCAUCCGCCCACAAAUGGCUCAGGGCUAAAGUCGAAGAAGUCUAAGAAGAAGAAGAAGCCCAAAAAAGAACCUGCCGUGGAAUCUGAGCCUGCUCGUCCUUCUGGUAUUUCUAGGGAAAAGAUAUGGAAUACAUCUGGCCCGGAAGAGCGAGAACGGAUAAAGCAGUUUUGGCUAGGCUUAGGUGAAGACGAACGCAAAUCACUUGUCAAGGUGGAAAAGGAUGCCGUACUUCGCAAGAUGAAGGAACAGCAAAAACAUACAUGCAGCUGUUCGGUAUGCGGGCGCAAACGUACUGCGAUUGAGGAGGAGCUAGAAGGACUCUACGAUGCGUAUUACCAAGAGCUAGAAUCUUUCGCUAACAGGCCACACAGCCAGCCGAAUGGUCCGCCUAUGUUUACUGCUGAACGAUUCGGUCCCAUGAGUGGACUGCAUCCGCCUGGUGUAAUGCCUUCUAGGUACUCUAAUCAUCACCCAUCACGAGGGCGUAUCGUUGAGCACGUGGAUAAUGACGAAGAUGAGCUCGAGGGCGCCGAUGAGGAAUAUAGCGACGAGGAAGAUUUAGAAGAUGAAGAUGAUGAGGACGAACCGGAGGAAAUCCCUCGCGACACCUAUCCCAACGACUUCUUUAACUUCGGUCAGAGUCUAACAGUGAAGGGCGGCAUUCUUACCGUGGCUGACGAUCUUCUAAAAAACGACGGCAAGAAGUUCAUCGAGAUGAUGGAACAACUUGCUGAACGCAGAAUGGCUCGCGAAGAGGAUGCUACUCACUAUUCGGGCGGUUACACUCACAAUAUAAGGAGCGGCUUAUCAAACCCUCACAACCGUCCUCCCGAAGAGGAGGAGUAUGACGAGGAGGAAGAAGAGGAUGAGGAGUACGAAAGUCAAGAGGAAGAUUACGAAGAGGAAGAGGAUCAGAUGACUGAAGAGCAACGCAUGGAGGAGGGUCGCCGAAUGUUUCAGAUAUUUGCCGCGCGGAUGUUUGAGCAGAGAGUACUAACAGCCUACCGAGAGAAGGUCGCAAUGGAGCGGCAAGAAAAGUUGUUAGAGGAACUUGAGCAAGAGGAAACUCAGGAGUCGCAACGAAAGGCUAAAAAGCAGAAAGAUGCACAGAGGCGCAAAGAAAAGACUCUUCAGAAAAAGCAAGCUGCUCUUGAAGAGAAAGCUCGGCGUGAAGCUGAAAAGGCUGCUGAAGAACAAGCCCGGUUAGCUGAAGAAGCGCGACGAAAGGAGGAAGCACAUGCGAAGGCAGAAGAGAGGCGUAAGAAAAAGGAGGCGCAAAAGAAGGCCGAAGAAGAGGAACGUCUGCGAAAAGAGGCAGAGAAACAACGUCGUGCGCAUGAACAGAAGGAAAGGCAAGCCGAACAGGAACGCAAGAUUCGGGAAGCAAAAGAACGAGAAAAGAAGCUCAAGGAGGAACAGCGACGGAAGGAGCAAGAGGCCCGCGAGAUUAAAGAACGCGAAACCCGUGAACGACGGGAGAAGCAUGAGAGAGACAAGAGAGAAAAGGAAUCAAGGGCGGCUCAGGCUAAAGCUGAUCGCGAGGCUAAAGAAAAGAUAAAACAGGAAGAGAAGGCAGCAGCAAAGCCUUCUUCGCUCGUAGCCCCUAUUCCAACACAGCCCGUGAAGAAGCAGCACCCGGUAUCAAUACCCGCCCUUCCUCAGCAGCCCCCCGUAAAUCAUGCUUCACCUCAGAUUCCAGUUGCGACACCGGUCUUGCCACUGGCCCAUACGCCAAUGAAGCCACGCUCUGUUUCCCAGGAGGUCACGCGAUCGAUUUCCCAAGCAUCGCACUCGGCAUCCGGCCCAAGCCAGACAGCAUCGCCACACGCGCUCAGUCCACUACAUGUCAGCCCAGGGCCAAUUGGACCACCAGGCAAGACACAGUCUAACGGCCCUCCACUGCAACCCAUGUCACCACCUCACAGCACCGUAAAAAGUCCACCGGGUCUUCCGCAAGGCCCCUUUGACAUGGCCAUGCCACCGAUGGGAAUCCAGAUGUCUCCAGGAGUUCCACCGAUGGGUCUCAAUUUCCCCCGAAUGCAGGAGCCCAUAUAUCCACCGAUGGGUGGGCAGUUCAGAACACAUGGUAUGCCAGUGCCGCCCCCAGGACUCGGCGGUCCUUCUGGCGGUCGGUCAUUUCACAUGCCGCCACCAGGAUUUCCACAGCCAGGGAUAGAUCCACACAUGCAGAGCUUGCAUCGUGGGUUUUCCCCCCCAGGAAGUGCUCCCGGCUAUCCACCGUCACAUUCCCGUCAAGGAUCAACGUCUUUUGAUGCGACUCCGCCAAGCGCUGUGCCUAUUGGAAAGCCCACGCCGAUUGGCCGACCAGAAAGCAUAGUCCAUGGCCAACGAAACCACGACAUGUCUGCAGAUAUCGAAGAUAUGAGUAAUCACCUUGGCAGCAGCGCUCUGUUAGAUGAUACAGACGAGCCCUUGUUAGACAGCUUCGACAUAUCCCAUCGCGGUACGGCCGCUCCAGGUACUCGACCUCAAUUCCAUGCAGCCCCAUUUGCCAAUCCGGCGUUUGGAACGCCCACUACAACUUGGGGCGCUCCAGCCAUAUUCUCGCCACCAUCUGGAUAUAGCCAUAAUCCCGGCAAUAUGGCGGGCUGGCCGCCUAGCGCAGCGUUCGGUGUCCCUCCUCACACAACAAGGGCAGCUCAACCCCGUUCUGUCUUGAUUCGCCAAUUGCUAGUGCGUGCCUGUAGAGACCUGGAAGACUACGCCACAGAUGCCGCGGGUUACAUCGAUAUUUCUGCUAUCAAGGGACACGUGGAUUCAAUAAACCCUUCUCCUUCGGAUUCAAUAGGUGAAGCGGAACUGCUUGACAUUUGCGACACAUUGGGAACCCCGCACAAUGGAGGCGGUAGUUUUGAUAUCCGUCGUGACAACAACAAAGAUAAAAUCUCCAUCCGAUUCGAACCGAGCGGUGGUUUCGGAAACGGGCCGUUUCCCAGGAACGUUGGCGCUCCCGGCGAGAUAGGUAGCCCUAUUGUUGGUGCCGGCAUACCAUACUCCCGGAGUUAGUAUGGAACGUUUUGCUGCUAACGUGUAGGUAUUACCGUUCUUGCUGGUUAUGGAAUAUGGGCCGGUAUUCUGUUACUGUCAUUCAUUCUCCCGCCUCCGACUUGCGGCACGAGCUGUGCUGGACGCAAAGAUCUCCUGUCUGAGUAACACACGCAUCUUUGUCGGGGUUUAAAAGUCGCGUGCUGGGUGAGCAUAACGCGACUCCGCUGUACAAUAGAUGACGUAUUUUCUUUCUUCGGUAAUCACACUGAGAAUUUAUCCAUGCAUUAGCUGGAAAUGGUUCCUCUGGAUGCCUUGAAGCUGACUUAUUGAUUCACUGGCGUGAUCGUUUUCUACGCCCUGUUUGGUAUCAUAGCCAAUAAUAGAGAGUUGUCAGCCUUGUUGAAAAGUAGUGUGAUAUUCGUGACUUAAGACUAAAUUGUCUAAUCGGCUAUGGCACCCAAUAACCUCACGCGUUGGUAGGACUACCUAUAAGCUCUAGCUGAAGUCGGCCAAUCAUAUGGAACAAAAUAGUCGCGCAACAAAGGUCAAUGAGAAAGCACGCAU